UAAAUUGAAUUAACGGGCCGCUGGAGCAAUGACCGCCUUGGCAGGGACCGUUCCCAGGAUGAUGCGUCCAUUUAUCUCUCAAAACUAUUGCAAUGGAUUCCCGAUGGAGGUUUCCACUCAGAUGGGCCAGGGUCGAGUUAACCAGCUCGGAGGAGUUUUCAUCAAUGGUCGGCCUCUACCGAACCACAUACGACACAGGAUAGUGGAGAUGUCCCAUCACGGGAUCCGGCCCUGUGUUAUAUCCCGCCAGCUCAGAGUCUCUCACGGAUGCGUAUCCAAAAUCCUGUGUCGGUACCAGGAGACUGGAUCCAUCCGACCUGGAGUCAUUGGCGGGAGUAAAUCAAAGACUACAUCUCCAGAUGUGGAGAAGCGCAUUGAGCUAUAUAAACGGGAUAACCCAGGAAUAUUCAGUUGGGAAAUCCGGGAUAAAUUGCUCAAAGAGGGGUUUUGUGACCAGAACAACGUACCAUCAGUGAGUUUAAUAAGCCGGAUCAUGAGAGGCAGAUAUGGUGCAAAAGGUGACGAAGACGAGGAGGACGAAGAGGACAUCGAAAAGCAAGAACACGUUCACAGGAGCGGACACAGCAUCGAAGGGAUUCUAGCAGACAGAUCGAUUCAAUCUGACGACGGUUCGGAUGUGGAAUCAGAACCCGACUUGCCCCUGAAAAGAAAACAACGGCGCACUCGAACCACCUUCACCGCCGAACAGCUGGAGGAGCUGGAAAGAGCUUUUGAACGUACACAUUACCCUGAUAUAUACACCAGAGAAGAGCUCGCACAAAGAGCCAAACUCACAGAGGCACGAGUGCAGGUGUGGUUCAGUAAUAGACGAGCUCGAUGGAGAAAGCAAGCAGGAGCCAAUCAGCUCAUGGCGUACAAUCACCUGAUACCAGGUGGAUUUUCACACCCAGGGAUAUCCAAUCUCUCCCCGUAUCAACUGUCAGAAAGCCCAUACCCACCCACUGGCCUCUCUCCAGAUUCAAAUACUCUACACAGACCUCAGCCCCUCCCUCCGCCCUCAACCCAACAGAGUUCUGGAGGGGCGUGGCAAGAAGGCGGGGCUUCCUACUGUCUCUCCAGUCGGCAUGGUUUCACGGGAUAUUCUGAGACUUUCGGAUCUCAUAACAGUCACACUAACACUACCCUCAAUAAUGGACUAUCUUCGCAGGUAAUAAAGGCACAAGUUAUGGGACUAAUAACCCCAGCUGGAGUUCCACAUCAGACGCAGACUGAGUAUUCAAUGUCCUCUCUCGGUGGUGCUCUGGAGUCGGGUGGUUCCCCAAGCACCACCUGUUCCCAGCGCAUGGAGCAUCUGUCUAGUCUACCUGCUCUCUCCAACAUGUCCAGUCCACCGUCCUAUGGGCCACCUUCAUUCUACAACAUAGAACACAGCACUCCCUACCAGUACAGCCAGUACGGACAAAAUUCCAUUCAUUAUCUGAGGCCUGAAAUUGCCUGAACGGGUCGUACAGCUCAUAUGUCCAGUGGAAUAACGGUCUAAUUUGGAAGGGAACUCAAGACACGGGAGACAAAUAAGACAGAAAUAAGAACCGUUUUGAUUUUGUAAUUUAAAAUAAAAACCUUACGCCAGCUGAAGAGGACACACACACACACACACACACACACACACACACACACACACACACACACACACACACACACACACACACACACACACACACACGCACACACACACACACAUCUUGCAGAUCACAAAGGCUUUUUCCCAUCUAGAUCAUUCCCUUGAACUCUUCUUCAAAAGCCUUUCCAGAAGAAUAAUCCUCAAUUCCAGGGAACACAACAAGUCAAGUCAAAUCAAAACAAUGACAUUGGGACUAAACAGAGCCAUGUUUAAGUGCAAUAUAUGAGAACUACAAAUAUGUGGCUACAUUCAGACGAGACUUUUGUAGCCAUUGAGGUCUUUGUGUUUGAUA